AUGUCCGACGAAGUGCCUUCGCAGCAGCAACAACAACAGCAAUGGCUGCUAAGAAGAAGAUGGAAUUCCUCCUCUCCAUCACCCUCAACAUCGGGUCGGGCAACACCAGCUUCAUUGGGUGCUGCUAGUGUGGGCAGUGCUGGAAGUAGCGGUAGUUCACAUCACCAUGAUCAACAGCAGCAGCAGCAACAUCAGGCAUACCAACACCAGUACCAUGGUGUGGAGGGACACAAUUAUUUGCACACCUUCCCAUCGGCUGCAAAUCAAAGUCAUUACUUUCAGCAACAACAGCAACAGCAUUAUGAACGACAAUAUGCCACACAUCACCAUCAUCAACAGGGGCAUUUGAUGUCGCCCUAUGUGCAACAACAACAGCCAUUGCAACAUCAACAACAGCAACAGCAUUCGUUGCCACCCCUAUAUGCAACUUCGCAUUCUUUAAAUUAUUCUCCAUUGCUUACCAAACGGGCCAUCUCCUUUAGCGGCAAUAUGCCUCUAAGUCGCCAACAAAUGGAUUCGGGUUUGGGCAGUCCGGCAGCUGCCUUCCAACGUAGCCAAGCUACAGCCCAAUCGACACCAAAUAGUCCACAUCUAAUGCCUCGGCGGACCAAAACCACCACCCAUACCGAUCAACAAUCUCAACAACAACAGCAAGUGAAUCCAGCUGCAUCACUGGAUGGUGCUGAAGCCCCAUGGCCUCAUUUUUCAACGUUGACCGAAUAUUUGGAUGUUCACCAGGUCAAUAACUAUACGCAGGAUGUACCGGAGGUAGGUUUAAAUACCCGCGUUGGCAAUGAUUGGGCUGAAAUAGAUCACAUGAUUUUCCGCUUCACAUCAACUGGCAAGAGCGCUGCUUGUAGCUCCAAUUAG